UAUUCGUCGUUUGCGUUCCCGACCUAACUCCACUACCCACCAACCCCAUUUUUUUGCCCCUUUUCUUGUUUUUAUCCUCUGAUCAAACCAAGAACGGAUCUUUCAUAUUUCCCCGACUGAAAAUGGCCUCCAUUUCCAACCUCGCUAAUCUUACACCCGCCACUUGUGUCGACUCCAGAUCUUCUUCUUCCUCUUCCUCCGUCUUACCCAGAUCCUUCGUCAAUCUCCGCAGUUUGAACGCGAAGCUUUCCUCUUCUCAGCUUUCCCUUCGGUAUAAUCAACAAUCGAGACCUUCUCUCUUUGUGAGGUGUUCAGCCUCUGGUGGAAAUGGAAGUGCUGCAAAGAGAACGACUCUUCACGAUCUGUAUGAGAAAGAAGGUCAGAGUCCUUGGUAUGAUAAUCUAUGCCGUCCCGUCACUGAUCUUCUCCCGUUUAUUGCCCGUGGCGUUCGAGGCGUAACUAGCAACCCUGCGAUCUUCCAGAAAGCCAUAUCCACUUCAAAUUCCUAUAAUGAUCAGUUCAGGACACUUGUGGAAUCAGGAAAGGAUAUUGAAAGUGCGUAUUGGGAACUUGUGGUGAAGGAUAUUCAGGAUGCGUGCAAACUUUUUGAGCCAAUCUAUGAUCAGACAGAAGGUGCGGAUGGCUAUGUCUCUGUUGAAGUCUCACCUAGACUUGCUGAUGAUACCAAUGGCACUGUUGAAGCUGCUAAAUUUCUUCACAAGGUUGUGAACCGCCGUAACGUCUACAUUAAGAUUCCUGCUACUGCUCCAUGCAUUCCUUCCAUCAGGGAUGUCAUUGCAUCUGGAAUAAGUGUCAAUGUCACGCUUAUCUUCUCCAUCGCGAGAUAUGAAGCAGUGAUCGAUGCAUACUUGGAUGGCCUGGAGGCAUCUGGACUUGAUGACCUGUCAAGAGUUACCAGUGUUGCUUCCUUCUUUGUCAGUCGUGUGGAUACUCUUAUGGACAAGAUGCUUGAGCAAAUUGGUACCCCAGAAGCCCUAGACCUCCGUGGCAAGGCAGCUGUGGCUCAAGCUGCAUUAGCAUACAAGCUGUACCAGAAGAAAUUCUCAGGCCCAAGAUGGGAAGCUCUGGUGAAGAAAGGAGCCAAGAAGCAGAGGCUUCUCUGGGCGUCGACAAGUGUUAAGAACCCAGCUUAUUCCGACACCUUAUAUGUCGCUCCACUCAUCGGACCUGACACUGUGUCAACCAUGCCGGAUCAAGCACUGGAAGCAUUCGUAGAUCAUGGAAUCGUGAAGAGGACAAUAGAUGCGAACGUGUCGGAAGCGGAAGGGAUAUACAGCGCUCUAGAGAAGAUGGGAAUAGACUGGAACAAGGUAGGAGAGCAGUUGGAAGAAGAAGGAGUAGAUUCGUUCAAGAAGAGUUUCGAGUCUCUGCUUGGUACUCUGCAAGACAAGGCCAACUCUCUCAAACUAACCAGCCAUUGAGGAUACCGGUUUUGAGUUUGGUUCAUCAUCAUUUUGUUCUUUUGGUCGUAGUAAAAAUAAAGGAAGAAGCUUUUGGCUUUCUUCUCCAACGCUUCCCACUAUGCUUUCUUAGUUGUUGUAUGGCUUUUGCUUGAUCGAUGUUCACAAUAUGGAUGGGCUCUUAUCUUAUCUUAAUUUGUUCUUGCAUGAUGUUUCGAAAGGAGGUUAUUUACUUUUUA